AUGGUCCUCGACAAUGAUACCAGGGGAUGGAUAAUGACAGGCAUCAGCGGCAUCGCAUGCGUGUGCGGUGCCAGCAUUAUCUGUGUCGAUGUUAUCGCUCGACUGAUCCCAAGAUACCGAAACUUUCAAAUCGAGGACAGUGAUACCUUUCUCUCCGCUUCGUUGAGUCUGAGCUUCGGUGUGAUGCUAUUCUCCUCACUCUACAGCAUGCUACCAAGCGCAAAGCGGUACCUGUUAUCUGGGGGUUUUGCUCCGCAGCCAGCCUCGUACCUUCUCAUAGGACUUUUCCUCGCCGGCGUUUUUGGCAUACAACUCCUCUCACGGGCCAUGCAUCACUUCAUCCCGACCCAUAUCGUGGACUGCGAUCACACGCAUGACGGGGAAGAGGGCAACUUGCAGGAGGAGAUGGAACAGCAUGCUCAUGAUGACUCUCAUACUACUCUUGAUCAGUCUCUCCCAAAGCUCAGGUUCACGCAGGACGGGGAUGACGAGGAGACUCCCCUGUUGUCGAGAAAUACAAGUAACAGUCCACCAAAGCGGCGUCAAUUUUCUGCGCCGGAAGACACCAACACGCGGCAACCGUCGGCCAAUGGUUUUGUGACCGCUCCCUCCAGCCGCAGACCAACUCUGGUUCCACGAAGCUUGACAAGAACAUUCAGCAAGUUUGCCUCUGCAAAGGUAGAGUGCGAUGAAACCGGUCCAUGCAGAGGAUUCUCUGAUCCAUGUGGGCAAGAUUGCUUCAAGGCAGUCACUCGACGACACUCCGGCUUACCAAACAGCGCUCCCUCUCGGCAAACGACGUUUCAACGCACGCAAUUGGCCUUCAGCAAUCUCCAAAAUGCGCCACAGGUGCCAGAGGCGGAUGAAGGAGGGGCACCCACCGGUCGGUCUCGUACAAGAACUGGUGGGAGUGAUAGGCCUCAUUCUGAACAGACCCGCUCUGCAAUUCAUCACUAUCACCAUCCUGUCAAAGAGCACACUGAACCUGUAAAACCGGAUGGCUGCCGUCGUGCUUCUAAUGGUUCUUCUCAAGGGGACCCAAAACCAGAGCAUCACCAUCAUGUUCCUACCAACGCGUUCCUCAGUAUUGGGUUGCAAACUUCGAUUGCUAUUGCCCUGCACAAGGCUCCCGAAGGUUUCAUCACUUACGCCACCAAUCAUGCCAACCCCAAACUGGGGUUUGCCGUAUUCAUGGCAUUGUUUAUUCACAACAUCACCGAGGGAUUUGCCAUGGCUCUACCGUUAUAUCUAGCCCUGCAGUCACGCACCAAGGCGAUAAUAUGGUCGUCAUUCCUUGGUGGGGUGUCACAGCCACUGGGUGCGGGUAUUGCGGCUAUCUGGUUCAAGGUAGCCAGGGGAUCGGAUGGAGUCGGGAGGCCCAGCGAGGAUGUGUAUGGAUGCAUGUUUGCUAUCACGGCUGGUGUGAUGGCCAGCGUUGCUUUGCAACUGUUCAGCGAAAGUCUGGGGCUGACUCACAACAAAAACGUGUGUAUUGGGUUUGCUUUUUUGGGAAUGGGCAUUCUGGGUGUGAGUUCAGCUUUGACCGCCUAG